CCCCACCCGGCAGCGGAGGCCGUCCACAGACUGUCCAAUGGCGUGUAAGGGGCGGGGCCCGGCGCACACCUGCCGGCCUCCAGGCCAAGAACCAGGUGCAGGAGCCGGUCAAGAACUGGGAAGUCAGAACCCGACCACCCAAGAUGCUGAGCUCUUCUCAGAGCCCUCAGACUGGCACCUGGACAGAGCCCUUCUCUCUGCUUUUGGGUCUUGGCGCUACCCUCUACUUGGGCUACUACUGGAUAUGUGUGCCCCAGAGGCCUCAACUGGUGACUGGGCCCCGGUUUCUGGCCCUCCUGGAGCAACGCUGUCCGAUCACUCUGGAGACUUUCUACCCUACGCUGUGGUGUUUUGAGGGGCGGCUACAAACCAUCUUUCGAGUCUUGCUGCAGUCUCGGCCUCCAGUCCCUUACCGGAGCGAAGUCCUCCAAACCCCAGAUGGAGGACAGCUCCUGCUAGACUGGGCUGGCCAGCACAACAGCAGUCAAUAUCCUGACCCCACCACCCAGCCCAUUGUAUUACUGCUUCCUGGUAUCACAGGCAGUAGCCAGGACUCCUAUAUCUCACAACUAGUCAACCAAGCUCUGAGGGAUGGUUAUAGAGCUGUUGUAUUUAACAACCGAGGCUGCCGUGGGGAAGAACUGCUGACUCACAGAGCCUUUUGUGCCAGCAACACUGAAGAUCUGGAGACAGUCGUGAGCCACAUAAAGCACCGCUACUCCCAAGCUCCACUGCUGGCUGUGGGCAUCUCUCUUGGAGGGAUAUUAGUGCUGAACCACCUAGCUCGAACAGGGCAAGAUUCGGGGCUGGUGGCAGCACUGACUCUAUCUGCAUGCUGGGAUUCCUCUGAAACCACCCGCAACCUGGAGACCCCACUCAACUCACUGCUCUUCAAUCAGCGCCUCACUGCUGAGCUCUGCCACAUUGUGAACCGAAACAGGAAGGUGAUGGAAAAGGUGGUGAACGUAGACUUUGUGCUACAGGCCCGCACAAUCCGCCAGUUUGAUGAGCGCUACACAGCUGUGGCUUUUGGAUAUCAAGACUGUGUUACCUACUACCAAGCAGCAAGCCCAAGAACCAAGGUAGAUGCCAUCCAGACCCCUGUGCUCUGCCUCAAUGCAGCUGAUGACCCCUUCUCCCCAGUCCACGCCCUUCCCGUACAGGCUGCCCAACAUUCUCCCCAUGUUGCACUGCUCAUCACAGCCCGGGGUGGCCACAUUGGCUUCCUGGAAGGGCUGUUCCCCUGGCAGCACAGCUACAUGAACCGCCUCUUGCAUCAGUAUGCCAAAGCCAUCUUCCAGCACCCAGUGUCGCUGCUCAACCUCAGGGAUCUCUCACCUUCUGAGGGAGGCAAGAACUGACAGGAGUACCACCAGGGUCUCAGUUCAGUCUUUGCUUGUUUAUUAAAUAUCAACUUUUCCUGCUGAAUG